CAGCCUAAAACAAAUAGCAAGUGGUCGGAGUUGUCCUUAUCAUUCUUUGUCAAACUCCAGCAAGGAUGCCUCGUUCAAAUUCUUUCACCACCAAUAUGCGGAUCAGAUUCCCUGUUCUUGCCGUUAUUUUACAAGUGAUUAUUAUUAUUUUAUUUGGAAUAUUUGUGAGAUAUCAGUCAACGGACAGAUGGCACCCUCCAUCAGUCAAUAUGGGAUUGUAUCCAAUCUUUCAGGAUGUUCAUGUGAUGAUAUUUAUUGGGUUUGGUUUCUUGAUGACCUUCCUGAAAAAAUAUGGCUUUGGCAGUGUUGGCAUCAAUUUUCUCAUUGCUGCCUUGGGCCUUCAAUGGGGCAUCCUCUUACAAGGAUUUUGGCACAUGGAAUCAAAUAAUAUCCAUAAUACCAUUGAAAGUAUGAUAAAUGCAGACUUCAGCACAGCAGCUGUCCUGAUCUCAUUUGGAGCCAUCCUGGGGAAAACAAGUCCAGUUCAGAUGCUGAUUUUAACAAUAUUUGAAAUUACUAUAUUUGUAUGCAAUGAACAUCUUGUGGUGAAUGUGCUAAAGGCCACAGAUACUGGGGCAUCCAUGACUAUUCAUACUUUUGGAGCUUAUUUUGGGUUGGCUGUGGCCAGAUUCCUCUACCGGCCAGGCUUGAAAAAUGGACAUCCUAAAGAAGGUUCUGUUUACCAUUCAGACCUAUUUGCUAUGAUUGGUACUCUUUUCCUUUGGCUCUUUUGGCCCAGUUUUAACUCAGCCAUUGCGAAAUCAUCAGAGGAGCAACAGAGAGCAAUCAUGAACACAUACUUCUCGUUAGCAGCAUGCACCGUCACCACAUUUGCUUUGUCUAUUCUGGUUGAACACCGAGGCAAACUGGACAUGGUGCACAUUCAAAAUGCCACCUUGGCAGGUGGUGUUGCUGUGGGUUCAUGUGCUGACCUGAACAUCUUGCCAGUUGGGGCUUUAUUAAUUGGUAGCAUAGCAGGAAUCAUCUCAGUUGUUGGAUACAAGUACUUAUCUCCAUUGCUAGCCUCCAAGCUGAAAAUUCAAGACACCUGUGGCGUCCAUAAUCUACAUGGCUUACCUGGGCUGUUGGGAGGCAUUGCAAGUAUCAUUGCAGCUGCUCUGCAGGUUAACAGCAAUGUAUCUGUUGGGAUGCAGGCUGCUGCUCUAGGCUGCUCUGUUGCAAUUGCUCUGGUAGGAGGAGCAUUUACAGGAUUAAUAGUCAGCUUGCCUUUCCUGGGACAGCCACCUGAUGAGAACUGCUAUGAUGACUCCGUAUAUUGGGAGAUUCCCAUUGAAGGAGGAGCACCUCUGGAAAACAAUAUAGUUUAUGAAGAUGAUCCCAGCAAACUCACUGUAGAAGCAUAGAAAGAAUUAUAUAUGUUUAUUUUUUCUAUAUGAUGUUUUCACUGUCUGAUAAAAUAUCCAUCAUAUAUGUUAUUUUUUCUUUCUAUUUUUAUUUUGUUGCUGAACAGUAGGGAAGAACAAAUCUUUUAUGGACUUUUUGCUGAAUAUAGAAAAUAUGCUUGUGAUUUAUGGAUUUGAUGAUCAGAAAGAAGAGAUUAUGGAAAGGAGGGAGUUAUAAUGUAACCUUAGGGACAGAGGAUAAAGUCCAAAUGCAUCUAUAACUGCUGUAAAGAAGUUUAGAACUUAUUUUUUAAUACCUUCUCUUUUUUUCUUCUGUUUCUUUCUCUUUUCUUUCUCUCAUUUUCUUUUCUUUAUUCUUCAAAUGUUGUUAUUUUGUAAAAAAAAAAAAUCUUCAAUAAAAUUUUAUUGAAAAAUAAAAAAAGAGAAAAAAAGCCAGAACAAACAGCAAUCCUAUAUUUUUUCAGGCAAACAUUGUGAGAAUUAUUUUGCAGCUCACAGUGCAUAACUUACUUUAUGUAUAUUGUACUAAAAUAUUCAUGCUUCUGGGACCAACUGCCAUUAUAAGUCAAGAACUAACAGUAUGACAGAAUCUUCAGUAUCACAGCUACAUGAGAAGUGAGUGGAAGCAAAAACUUGCUAUGGCUAUCACAGUGAAAUGAAUUCCAAAUAUUUUAAGGCAAAUUAUUAUGCUACUCAGUGAAAUGUAGGUAGGAGAGAGAACUUCUCUGAGAAAAAAAAUUGUUUCUAGGAUUCCUUGAAGGAUUUAAUGUCAGUUUUAACUGGUAGAGAGCCAGCAAGGUUGUGGCAUUUAACUGCCUUUAAAAUUUAGAAUUAUGCUAUUUGUAUCAAGGAAGGAGAAGAGCUUGCAUAAAUGUAUUUGGACUUACAAAAAUAGCUUUUAAGAAGUUAAGCAUUAGCAAGCAAUACUGAAAGUUUGGGAUAGUAAAAAAAAUCACAUCAUAUUUAUCAUCUCUUGCCUGUUAUUAAACAUUUGUUUUCAUGGAGAUGAAAGCACAGAGAAAU